UUGUGCUAUCGACCAUUGACCUAAAUAUUUUUGAUUAAAUUAUCCACUCCCUUUUUAUCUUUCACAUCCGAUGAUCCCUAUCUAUAUAUUAUCUUCUAGUUGCAAGCAGUAAUCAUAUUUAAUUUUGUUUAUCUCAAUUCUUGCAGUGUAAACACAUGUUUAUGUUAUCGAACCAGACCGCCACAGCUCAUGAUCAGAAGUACGGGCGCAAAGCAUCGGCAACCUGGCAGUCAAGAAAGUAGAAACCGGCUGACAGACAGGCUGGAUGCUACUGUUCACACUUGUUUGAUUGUGAAUUACGUGUGCAAUUAACAGUUGUGAUUCGAUUUUCAUUUUGCACCAGAAUUUUCGUACCGGAGCUUGGAGGUCGCGCUUGUUACAUCGUAAGAUUUACUCAUUCUGGAUCACGAAAGAUUUUUGUUCACUCAAAAUGAACGGACCAAAAUGCGAUUAUUGUUCGUACAACAAACCCGAGGGACUUGUGCGCUGCGUGGAUUGCUUGCGAUACUUCUGCAAUGGAACCUUUUAUGGGCCUCUGCAAGUUACAGGAAAAGCGAGCAGAAGUCACGCUGUACAGCAUGCAUCGCAUGUUAAGCAUGUGUCGUUCCUCUUUUACGGACCGACUGUAUCUGGACCGGCGUGGGAUAUUCAGAAAUGCUGUGCACGACCGAAUUGCCAACAAGACAAUAUCUUCGAACUGGGAGCGGUUGGGGAUCGCUCCGUUCCAGGUGGACUGGGGAUUGUCUGCCGAUCGCAUGCCGGUGCGGAGAACUUGAUUAAUCGCCAUUUGUGGAAUCCCCUGGUAUCGUCUAAGGGUAAAACGUUUGCGGCCAUUAACCCGGCACUGUGUCCGUGGGAUGAAAUCGUAGCGCACUCCUCUGCUCAAACUCCAUGGGGGCUGGAUUCCGGCGAGAAAUGGGAUGUUGGAUUUUGUCGGCUGCUGGAGGAGUACAAUCUUCUGUUUGGCAAAAAGAAGCGCAAGAAGGCACAUUUUCAGGAAUGGAGGAAAAGCGUUUUAAGUGGAUCGUCUCGAGUGCCUACUUCGCAGGUGAAUUAUGUCAAUCACUUUACACAUUUGGUGCAGACUUUGGACGACAUCGAGGGCGCACUCGUCCUCAAUCUUCCGCCAUUGCAUGUCGCGGAGAUUUUACAGUCCGUUUAUACUCAGUUCAAGAUCAAAGUGCCGUUCGGAAUAUACAGAGAUCUGUUGUCUAACGGAUGUCCGAUAAAUCUGCUGAACGAUGCGGGUGCCGUGAUGCUGGGGUUUAUCGCCCAUGUGUCCGAGGAUCAUUGGGGAAACAUUUUGGAUAUCGAUCCCGCGCGAGGAGAGAAGAAUCGACUGCAGCAGUUUGGAGUUCCGGUGGCACUAAAGAUUGCUUAUUACGGCGUUCCUUCGAAGCGAAUGAAGCGUGCGCUGAAGCUUUUCCCAAGUGCUGCUGCACUGCAGGCCCCGCUGCGUCAUUUGCUGUUAAAUCAGCCCGGGCAACCAAACCGAUGCCACGAAGACGAAAUCGAAGUAUUUGGAGAUCCGUAUCCGAAUCAAUGGCAAAUUCAUGCCGCUGAAUUGGCUUUGACUAACCGUCUGACGCUUAUUCAAGGCCCACCGGGGACCGGAAAGACCGAAACGGCUGCGCUUGUCAUAUUCAACUUUUACCGGUUUUUGCAGAAGGGCGAGCAGAUUUUGUGCUGCGCGCCAAGUAAUCAUGCCACAGAUCAAUUGUUACUAGCCAUUGCCCGCCGCGUGCCGGAAGGGACGAAAAUUGUCCGAUUACUGGCUCGGUCAAAAGUGUACAAAGGAGUGCCGGGUGUUUCGCAAUUCACUGUCCGAGGUUUGAAGGGUUUUCCCCCAGGGAAACGUGUAUCUCACGGCAAGUAUCGAAACUGGGAGUUGCAGUGCGUGCGCGACGCGGAUAUCAUUUGUGUGACCUGCAAUAGUGCCGCGAUGGAUGUUCUGCAAAAUCGCAAAUUUCCGUAUGUUCUCAUCGACGAAUGCAACCAGGCUCUGGAACCGGACUCGUUAAUUCCCAUUACGAAAGGAUGUAACCAGCUUGUCCUGGUUGGUGAUGGUCAGCAACUGGGACCUGUGGUGAAAUAUCAGUGUCUGGAGCGUACUUCUCUGGGAACAUCCCUGUUUGCGCGACUCUCGUCCUAUCCGCAAUUUCAGCCGGGUAGUGACGGUCAGAUCAUGUUAAGGGAACAAUACCGCAUGCACUCCGAAAUUGGGAAGAUGAUUUCUGAUAUUUCCUAUCGUGGCUUGUUGGAACACAGUGCCAGCAAUGCUGACAGAAAAUUACCCCGGUUGGAAUACGUGAGCGGUCUAAAUGAUAACGGCGCGCAUCCGUUGUUAUUUGUGGAUGUGUGGCAUAACGACGAGCUUUCCGCCGGUGGAGAUUCCUAUUUGAACAACAAGGAAGCUCACAUCGUUACUCGUAUCGUGGCAAACCUCUUGGCUAAAGGCAAGUCUUCCAUGUUUGGGCCGCAGCUGAAGCCGGAGCAGAUUGGCAUUGUGACGUUCUACCGCGGACAGACACGGAUUCUUCUGGAGGAAAUGCGACGCCACCCGGAAUUAGCUCGCGAUAAUAAUGUUGAUAAAAUCGAGAUCAACAGCAUCGAUGGAUUUCAGGGACGCGAGAAAGACGUUAUAAUUCUUUCAUGUGUUCGCUCGGGUGGCUCCGGAACAUUUCAACAACGCGCGGGAUUCGUGGAUGAUCCACACCGUCUGAAUGUGUCCAUGUCGCGCGCCAAAUGUUGGUUGAUUGCCGUUGGCGAUUACAGUGUCUUUUCCAAUAAGAAGGUUUGCGAUAACUGGCCGAAGUAUUUGGAAUAUUUCCGUAAAUCUGCACUGCACCGUCGAUCGGCUGCACCUCCGCGAGGCAACUUGGAUUCGGUGUUGCAGCUGCCAAUUAGAUGUGGUGAUACUACCGGGACUUGCCAAUUCUGUCAGGAUACUUACUAAUCUGCCCGCACAAAAAUUAAAUAAAGCACAUUGAUAUUCUUUGCAGUUCCUUAUUUUGCUGUUUAUUUGGUUUUGGGUUUGUUCGGUUUGUUCUUGUAAUUUAUUUGAUCGCUUGCCUUCUCGUUAGUUAUUCAGAUAUGCCUAUUUUAAACUUCACGCUUCGGUUACUAGUUAGGUGAAAGUAAGUUUCUAAAAGUUUUGUAAUCUUGCUCAUCUGUUUUGUUAACAUUUUGCUUGUGGUUUAGUGCAUUCUUGUGCUGCUAAGGAAGAUUCUUUCACUGCUCUGUAUUAUUAUUGCAACUUGCAUUUCUGUCUUUCUAACGGUAAUUUUGAUUCGUGAGCAAUUUACUGUACUUAAAGCUCCGAAUUCUGGCAAUUCAGAUCAAUAAAUUUCAAUG